GCGUCUCGCAGCGCGGGCGCGCGCGGAGCCGGCGCUGGGCGGCCAGGCGCCUCGUUGGCGCGCACGCGCCUGAGCGCGCGCCCGGAGGGGCGGGCCGGGACUCGCCGCUCGCACGCCCUUGGGCCGGGGCCGGGCGCCCGCUCUCCGUUCCGCCGCCGACGCGCGCCGUCAGUCGAGCCGGUGUAUGUGCGGCAAUAACAUGUCUGCCCCGCUUCCCGCCAUCGUGCCCGCCGCCCGGAAAGCCACCGCUGCGGUGAUUUUCCUUCACGGCUUGGGAGAUACAGGGCAUGGAUGGGCAGAAGCCUUCGCGGGUAUCAGAAGUUCACAUAUCAAAUAUAUCUGCCCGCAUGCACCAGUUAUGCCUGUAACAUUGAAUAUGAACAUGGCUAUGCCUUCCUGGUUCGAUAUUAUUGGGCUUUCACCAGAAUCACAGGAGGAUGAACCUGGAAUUAAACAGGCAGCAGAAAAUGUAAAAGCUUUGAUAGAGCAAGAGAUGAAGAAUGGCAUUCCUUCUAACAGAAUUAUUUUGGGAGGAUUUUCUCAGGGAGGAGCUUUAUCUUUAUACACUGCUCUUACCACACAGCAGAAACUGGCAGGAGUCACUGCCCUCAGUUGCUGGCUUCCACUACGGGCUUCAUUUCCACAGGGUCCUAUCAGUGGCGUUAAUAGAGAUAUUGCUAUUCUUCAGUGCCAUGGAGAUUGCGACCCUUUAGUUCCCCUAAUGAUUGCUUCUCUUACUUCUGAAAAGCUAAAAAUGUUAGUAAACCCAGCCAAUGUAACCUUCAAAACCUACCAAGGCAUGAUGCACAGCUCAUGUCAGCAGGAAAUGAUGGAUAUCAAGCAAUUCAUUGAUAAACUUCUACCUCCAAUUGAUUGACGUCACUAAGAGGCCUUGUGUCGAAGUACACACCAGCAUCGUUGUAGUAGUGUAGAAACCUUUUCCCGUGCCCAAUCUUGAAACUUCGGAAGUUUGCAGUGUUAAAAUGUUUUGCAAAUACGCACCGAUAACACAGACUACGUAAUAAUAUCUCCUUGUGGGAAAUAAUGGUCUUUUAAGUUUCUAUACGUGUAUUUGUAUGAUUCAGAAUAUACUAGUAUUAAAAUAGGUGAAGCAGCUGACUUUUUCCCAAAUGUAAUUCAGCAAAAUAAUAAAAUACUGUAACCAGAUUUUUUAUUACAUCAUUUGAAAAUUAUCAGUAUGCUUAAUGAGAAUUUGUUCAGGUAUAAAGGAACAGUUAGGAUAUGAAUUAUUUGUGCAUCUUGUGACUUAGUCUACAGACUUACUCCAAAAUGUAGACACCAUGCAUUAUCUGUAUUUUUAUAUAUGUGUUCCUUACAUACUUAAUGAUUGCACUACAUAAUGAGAGUGAGGUGUUACUGCAUUAUUCCCAGUAACGGGAGUAAUGCUUCUAAGUGUCAGUAAAGAGUAAUAUUGCUCUCUCCAGUUAAUGGCCCUUUUAUUUUGGGGACCAGGCUUUACUUUCCCUGAUAUCAUUUCUAUUUAAGGUUUUUUUUCCUCUCCAGAAAGGUGUUUUCUUUUUUAUCCUUCAUAAAAGACCAAAUAUUGGCUCCUUGCUGUAGACCUCUCCUGCCAAUACAUGCUGUAAUUUGACAUUCUGGAUCACAGAUUUGAUGGUAUUUUAAAUGUAUUUACACUUACAUAAAGACACCUGGCAUCACUUUAAACUUCCUACACUACUUACUUCUUAAACUAUACCUUACUUAGUCCAAAGUUAGACCGAUAUAGUUAUUAGAAUCUUCAGUCUAGAUAAUUGGAAUAAUUCUGUGGUUGUAUUUUUCUGUAAUUAAUGGAAGGGUAAUUACGUCAUAUUCUAGUAUGUUCUCGAAUAUUUAAGACAGAUUUUAAAAACUGUAAUUUCUAAGAUGAUUUGCUCUAAGAUGAUUCUCUUCGUAGCAUAGUUUUAGUUUGUUUUGUACAUAUGUUUGAAACCAACUACUGUAGGAAAUGAACAAUCCAUUAGAAAAAUUUGCUUUAUUUUUAUCUGCCAAUGGACUUAUUUGAAGACUUCACUGUAGUCAGAUUUUUUUAUUUGAUUUUACAUAGUUGAAUUUUUCAGAUUAUUGGUAAAAAUUAUUUGAAAACAUGUAUGGGUGACAACAAUGAAUCACAACUCAAUACAUAUGGUGUAGUUACCACAGUUUAAUAUGUAGCAAAAAUGUACACUUGAUAUUUCUGAUCUGUUGUUAAUUUUUCUGCUGUAUUCCAACUGACUAAAACAGUGUUAGGGAUGCAUCUUUAUAAUUGGGUGCUAAUUGAUAAUGGAAAUAAUUUAGUAAUGGAUUGUACAGAAUGUUAAUAAUGAAGCCAUAUGUUUAUGUCUGGAUUUAAAAUUUUUAAACAAUCAUUUACUAAGUCAUUUUGCUUUACCUUGAAGAAUAUAAAUUGUUGUUUCAGUUAUAUAAAUCAACAAGAUCUAAUUUAUGGCAAGAAAUAUUCUGUUGAAAUGUGCUGUUAUGUGGGACGAUGUAAAUCUUUUUCAUGGUUUCUACCAAUGUGAAAUAAAAUUUAAUUCUGA